AUGGGCGACGGACCUAACAUCGACACCACCACAAUGGACACUUUAAUAGUGUCCAGGAUUUUGGAAAGCAGACCGAAAGACAUCGUCUGUCCCAUGUUUUGUCAGAUGAACCAACUCACAGACUGUGGGUACGAGCGUGUUUGGCUCCAGGUGGCCAGAUGGGUCAAAUUCCAAGAGGUACUAGAUGAGGACGCACACAGAUGGUCCAAACCCCACGUACCGUCUAUAUCCUUGAAAGCGCUCGUUUGUUUGAGCAAAGAGUUGCGACAAGCUCCCCUUCUUUUGGAUCCAGAAGUCACCGAUUUCUACUCUGUUAUAGACAAGAUUGUGACAUCUUGGUUGCAAUGUGGCUUCAUAGAACGGCACCAGGAAGAGGACAUCAAAGCGACCCUUCGUAAGCCAAUCAGGCACGUCCACGAGUACAAGUCGUUACGGUCUGUUUCUAUGGGAACCAAUCUUCUGCAGAUUAAAGAGCGUGGUUUGAACAUUUCAAAUGUCUCCUUGGAGAGCGCGGGCAGUGUCAAAGGUCAGUCUUACAUUUUGGUAACAAAAGUCUUACAUUUUGGUAUGUUUCAGAAAAACGUAAAGUUCCAAAGAAAAAUCCCUAAAAACGCUGUUGCCACCAAUAUCUUAGUUGGAGAAGUUCCAACACUUCGUCGACCACUGAUGGCAUUGGUUCGGCUCAACCCGGCCCGCCAUUUGGGUUGUCUAUGUGAGGUCAAGCUGGCAACCCAGUUCGUGUUUGUCUGCUUGUCUCCGGGAGCUGUGUGUGGCUAUGACGUCACGGAGAUAGGUCGAUGUGUGGGCACGCUGAUGAUCGACCCAAUUUUUCGAGAAGUAGCAGGGCACUGCUGCAACAGGUUUGAGGUUCUAGCAGGGAUUCGAGAGUUUACAAGUCACCUGACUGCCCUGCCUUCUUGUGUUUGGGACCCCACCACGAGAAUAGAGCCCCCAGCCAAACUACCCCCACAGGAUUUUAGAAUCCGCUCCAGUGUGGCCCAAGAAGACCAGAGAACGCAGAUUGAGGCUGAAAAGAUGCAUUUGGCAGAAGCAGAACUCACAAGAACGGGAAAACUAUUUGGUGGCUUGAUCGCUGACAUCAAAAGGAAAGUGCCUUGGUAUCUGAGCGACUUCAAGGACGGUUUACAUGUCCAGUGUUUGGCAUCCACCAUUUAUCUGUUUCUGGCAACACUGACGCCUAAUGUGACGUUCGGAGGGCUGCUGGGCCAAGAAACCGAUCAUCUUAUGGGUACAAUGGAAUGUAUUCUUGCUGCCUCCAUCACUGGUGUUGUGUAUGCCUUAUUUUCCGGACAACCACUCAACAUCCUCGGGUCCACUGGCCCCAUGUUGGUUAUGGAGACGAUAAUCUUUCAGUUCUGCAGGGAUCACGGGUGGGAUUUCAUGGCAUUCCGAGUCUGGAUUGGGCUGUGGACAACUUUGAUUCUGAUUGUUAUAGUGGCAUUUGACCUGAGUGCUUUAGUGCGCUUCAUAACACGAUUUACAGAGGAGUGCUUUGCUUGUCUUAUAGCCCUCAUCUUCAUCUAUGAAGCUUUUACCAAGGUUAUCAGCAUCAACGACCAGUAUACUGUACAUCUGGGCAGCCAUUCUGAACUCCCAGCAUGUCCUGUUUUGAACGUGACAAAUCUAACAGACGCUCCAGCAAAUAUGACAUCAACAGUCUCUACGAUAGCUAACAGCACUAUCACAACAACGAUAUCCAACAUCACAGCCACACUACCCACAUGCCACAGUUACGUGGCAGAUGUCUUCCUUUUGUCUGUUCUAGAAUUUCUGUUCACUUUUGGUAUUGCAUUUGCUCUGGUGAGAUUUAGGAGCAGCGUUUUCUUUCCAAAUGUGGUGCGACAGAUGCUGAGCGACUUCGGAGUUCUCAUAGCCAUUUUAAUCGUUGUUGGAGCAGAUGUCUUGCUGAAGAUUGACACCCCGAAACUGACUGUCCCUGACAAGUUUUCGCCCACUCGCCCUGACAGGCCUUGGUUCAUCAAUCCUGUCAGUGACAAAAACCCUUGGUGGCUGACGGUGGCCGCGGCACUUCCUGCCUUGCUGGCAACCAUCUUAGUGUUUAUGGAUCAACAGAUCACUGCAGUCAUUGUCAAUCGGAAAGAGCAUAAGUUAAAGAAAGGAUUCGGAUACCAUCUGGACAUGCUAGUGCUGGCUGCUCUGAUUGCUGUCAAUUCCUUGCUAGGAUUGCCCUGGUUUGUCGCUGCAACGGUCUCUGCAAUAGCCCACAUUAUGAGUCUGAAGGUUGAGUCUGACUGUACGGCACCCGGAGAAAAACCGGAGUUCCUUGGUGUCCGGGAGCAGAGAGUUACAUCCCUUCUGGUUGGAGUUCUCAGUGGGUUAUCGGUCCUGUUGACUGCUGUGUUGAAGUUUAUCCCGCUGCCAGUUUUGUAUGGUGUCUUCCUGUUUAUGGGCGUCAGGGCUCUAGAUGGUAUGCAGCUUGUUGACCGGUGUUGCCUGUUCAUCAUCAGUCCCAAAUACCAGCCGGACUACCCGUAUCUCCGCCACGUUGCCCUGUACCGGGUUCAUAUCUACACCUUUAUUCAAAUUAUCUGCCUGGCUGCACUCUGGAUCAUUAAGUCAUUCAUUGAAACAUCAAUUGGUUUUCCAGUCAUGGUGUUAGCGAUCUGUUUUGUCCGCAAGUUCCUCGACUGGUUGUUCACACAGUGUGAGUUAAGUUGGCUGGACCAUGUCCUACCUGCCAUGUGCACACAAGGAAGAGACGAGCAGCAGGAAAUGUCCACCCGUCUACCUCACGGUCACCAGCAGCAGACACAUGACAAAGGGGACCAUAAUGACCAGACUGAGAUGACCACCAACGCAGUCGGCGUAGUCCUCCAUCUCAUCACCGUUGAUGUUAGCAACGAUGUAGGAGUAGAUAACCCAAACGUUGCAAGUCUUACAGACGAAGGCGAGAUAGACAAAUGCCAGGCAGUUGUUCCACACAGCUAG